AUCAUGAUCAGACCCAGCACAACACCAUGCCACACCUCACUUACCUUACCUUUUACUCUGGUAAGGUACCUGCAAACCCGACCUGAGGUCACCUCUAAAAUAAAAUAAAUAUCAUUUCUUGCUUACACUCUCUCUCCUCUUCUUUUCACUUUCCACUGAAAGAAAAAAAAAAAAAAACUUAAACUCUAGAGAGAGAAACUGAUUUAUUUUAGAUCCGUCCAUGGAUUCUUCUAAAGAUCGCGAAACCUUCGUUUACGUGGCCAAGCUCGCCGAGCAAGCCGAGCGCUAUGACGAAAUGGUGGAAUCGAUGAAGAAAGUAGCGAAGCUUGAUGUGGAACUGACAGUUGAGGAAAGGAACUUACUGUCAGUUGGGUAUAAGAAUGUGGUAGGAUCACGGAGAGCGUCGUGGAGGAUCUUGUCUUCGAUCGAGCAAAAAGAGGAGUCCAAAGGGAACGAAGCUAAUGUGAAAAGGAUCAAAGAGUAUAGGCAAAAAGUGGAGUCUGAGUUGUCUACUAUUUGUAGUGAUAUUAUGACCGUCAUUGAUGAGCAUCUUAUACCCUCUUGUACUGCCGGUGAAUCUACUGUAUUUUACUAUAAGAUGAAAGGAGAUUAUUAUAGGUAUUUAGCUGAGUUUAAGACUGGUAACGAUAAGAAAGAGGCAGCUGAUCAGUCACUUAAGGCAUAUGAGACUGCUUCAACCACUGCAGAGAGCGAAUUACCUCCUACUCAUCCCAUUCGAUUGGGUUUGGCACUUAACUUUUCUGUCUUUUAUUAUGAGAUUAUGAACUCACCUGAAAGGGCCUGCCACCUGGCAAAGCAAGCAUUUGAUGAAGCUAUUUCAGAGCUGGAUACUCUCAGUGAAGAAUCUUACAAGGAUAGCACUUUGAUCAUGCAGCUGUUGAGGGAUAACCUCACUUUGUGGACUUCUGACAUUCCAGAAGAUGGAGAAGAUCAAAAAAUGGAAACCUCUGGCAAAGCUGGUGGAGGCGAAGAUGCAGAGUGAGGCUGAUGGAAUCUUGUAGCUGUUCAAUGUGUGGAAGGGAGAAAGAUGAUUUCCCCUCACCUUUGUACUAUUGUUGUUUGAGAGAGGAUUUUGAGAUUUUCUCUUCUGUUAUACCUUAUUGUUGUCUGCUGCUGUUAAUCUGUUUCUGUCAUGCAUACAUUAGCAGGAAGAUUUGGAUUCUUAUAGAGGUGGUCUAUGAUGAUUCUUGGUUUCUCAAA